CGAGAGCUCUCUCCAGUCAGCAAAAAGCUUCCCUUGUUGAAAAAUCCCGUCAGAAGCCACUAGAACGGAAGACAGCUUUGUCUCAAGCACUUGGUACUAGCAAUUACAAUGCUGACCUCUUCUUUCGUCUUCUGGAAUUUCUAUUAAUAGAGAGUUCACCUCAGUUCAAGGUCGUGUCUUGGCACCUCCCAAGUUGACAGUGGGCAAAAAGGAGAACUUCAUCCCUCGCAAUGGAAGGUGGAACUUUAACAACAAGACAUUUGUUGAUCCGAAGAACAUUGAACGCUGGUGUAUUGUAAACUUUAAUGCUCGCUGUGAUUUGCAAAAUUUGUCUCAUAGUCUAAUCAGAUGUGGUCAAAUGAAAGGAAUUAUGAUUAGGGAACCUUUUAAAGUGUUUCAAGAGCGUCGCGAGCUUUCAAAUAGACCGCCUUCUUUUAGGGUGGAGAAGAUGAUUGAAGAGAUACAGUCAAAUCUUCCAGCAGCACCUCAGUUUCUCCUCUGCCUUCUCCCAGAGAGGAAAAGCUCUAAACUCUAUGGGCCAUGGAAGAAGCGGAAUCUUUCCGAUCUAGGGGUAGUUACUCAGUGCAUUGCACCUCAGAGGGUGAAUGAUCAGUACCUUACUAAUGUGCUCUUGAAGAUAAAUGCCAAGUUGGGUGGUAUUAAUUCCCUGUUAGCUAUUGAGAAUUCUCACUCCAUACCCACGAUUUCGGAAGUUCCAACUCUUAUUGUUGGAAUGGAUGUAUCCCAUGGAUCGACUACUCGUUCCGAUCUUCCUUCAAUUGCUGCGGUGGUUAGUUCAAGACAAUGGCCUCUGAUUUCUCGUUAUCGGGCUGCUGUUCGAACUCAGUCACCAAAACUUGAAAUGAUAGAUUCCUUGUUUAAGCCGGUGGAAGUUACAAAGGAUCAGAAAGUGGAGACAGUGGAUCGGGGCGUUUUCAGGGAGCUGUUAAUGGACUUCUACCAUAGUUCUGAAGGAAGGAAACCAGAGCACAUAAUUAUUUUCAGGGACGGAGUGAGCGAGUCUCAAUUCAGUCAAGUUUUGAACAUUGAGCUGGAUCAAAUUCUUGAGGCUUGCAAGUUUCUCGAUGCUCGAUGGUUCCCCAAGUUCACAGUUGUUGUAGCCCAAAAGAAUCACCACACCAAAUUUUUCCAAGCCAAUUCUCCAGACAAUGUUCCACCUGGGACUGUGAUUGACAGUGGAAUUUGUCAUGCGAAGAACAAUGACUUCUACAUGUGCGCUCAUGCGGGAAUGAUUGGAACAACUCGGCCUACUCACUAUCACGUGUUAUACGAUGAGAUUGGCUUCUCUGCGGAUGAUUUACAGGAACUAGUUCAUUCUCUGUCAUAUGUUUACCAAAGGAGCACUACAGCCAUCUCUAUAGUUGCUCCAAUAUGUUAUGCCCACUUAGCGGCAAGCCAGAUGUCUCAGUUCAUGAAGUUCGAGGAACUGUCUGAGCAGUCAUCAGGACAUGAAGGAGGUUUGUUGGCAGUGCCCGAGUUACCCAAACUACAUAGAGAUGUGAGCAGUUCUAUGUUCUUCUGUUAAGGAACAACGGGCACUUGGUUUCGAGAGAGAAUUAGGAAUAAAGAACAACAUUGCCUUCUCUCUCUCUCUCUCUCUCUCUCUUUUUUGUAUGUUACUGAGUACUCUUUGGUAUUAUUGAUCUCUUGCU